AUGUCCAUAACUUCUGCAUUAUCUCAUAGCACCACCAAAUUAUGUGCCCCACAGAAUACGGUAGUCAAUACACAUUACGUCGGGAAAGAUGAAGGUUCAGUAACAUCCGAAACUGUAACAGAUUCUUCAUCAGACACCUCUGGUCCAAUGAAUCUCGAUACUGUAUAUUCCUUUAAUAAUAAAAGUGGUAGAUUGAAUUGUGAAUCGUAUGAAGCCUUAUUCGUUGGAGAUUUAAAUCCACAAAUUACUGAGAGUCACUUGACUAAAAUAUUUUCCAAAUAUUCAUCUUUUAUCUCCUCUAAAAUAUGUAUGAAUAAAUUUACUAAGUUAUCAUUGGGUCACGGAUAUUUAAAUUUUGGAAACAAGAAUGAUGCUGAGUUAGCGAUGGAAGAACUAAAUUACACAAAAAUUAUGUCCAAAGAAAUCAGGUUAAUGCCAUCUCUGAGAGAUAUAAAAAAUAGGACUGCAAUUGGGUCUACUGUAUUGUUCUCGAAUAUUCCAGCUUGUGGGUUUAAUCUAACUACUAGAAUAUUUUUUGAAACAUUUCGAAAAUUUGGUAAAAUACUGUCAUGUAAAUUGGAAAAUGAGAACAAUAAGGCAUAUGUUACAUACUUUAAUGAAGUUGACGCUAAAAACGUUGUGCUCAUGUUUGAUGGUGUGUCAUUAGAAGAUACUAGACUAAGUUGUGCAAUCUUUACAGAGAAAUAUUUAAGAAAUCAAGAAGAAGUUCGCAUAGAGACUCCAAGUACUAAUUUUGAAAAGGAAGUCAUUAUCGAUCCAUCUACAGGAGGCAUUUCAAUCAAGGCUAGAUCAGACACUAAAACUGGGAACCUUGCAACCAUACCGGUUCAUUCUUCUAAAGAGAACUUAUCUUCAACGAAUAGCAAAUCGAUAGAACCUCAAUAUACAAUAGUUAUCAAGAAUUUUCCAUUGGGUUUAACUGAAGGAAUUCUUCCCGUUACGUUACGUUCUUAUAAAGAACUUUCGAUAACCCCAAAACUUAGACAGAAGCAGUGUUGGGUUUAUGUCAGAAAUAUUUCAAUUGAACAAAGAGACAUUUUAUUAAGAAAUUUUCAUAAUGAGAAAUUUUACAACAAAACGUUAAUUGUGCAACAUUUUGUAGUUAAAAAAAGAUUUAGCCAUUUAAAAACUAAUAACAGCGUACUCCUAACUAACUUAUGUAUUCUUUGCAAUAAGAACUUUUUGAAACAAAUAUGCUUACAAGAAGAUAUAAACUUUACAAAUAUCAAAAUUGAAUCUUAUCAAAAGGAAUCCAUUACUUUCAAUGGUGCAAUUAACUGUAAAACCCACCAGGAUGCCUUACAACUCAUAAAAUACAUGAAUAAUCGAUUAAUAGGUGGUAUGUUGGUCAGAGCUGAAUUAAAAGAAUGA